AUGCCUACCCAGACCGAAGUUGAAUCUUUGAAAGAAAGGUAUAUCGCCGCCGGCCAAGGACACCUUUUUACUUAUUACGAUGAACUCGAACCUGAGCAACAAGCCUCGCUUUUCAAUCAACUUGAUAAGCUCGACAUCGGACGCGUCAACAAUAUUUUCAAAAAGUCUGUUAACGCUCCGACUACCAAAUUUCAAAAUCUGGAACCUCUACCUGAUGAUGUGUUUGACUCCGUGUUAGACAAUGAUGAUGCAAAAGUUCAAGAUUGGAGAAAUAAAGGUUUAAAUGUGAUAGCUCAGAAUAAAGUUGCUGUCAUUCUAAUGGCUGGUGGCCAGGGAACCAGAUUAGGUUCUUCAGAUCCCAAGGGCUGUUAUAAUAUUGGCUUGCCCUCCGGAAAAUCCUUGUUCCAGCUCCAAGCAGAACGCAUUCUGAGGUUACAAAAGGUCGCCCAGGAGCAUGUGAAACCCAGCAACGAAGUUAUUAUCCCGUGGUAUAUAAUGACUAGUGGUCCAACAAGGCCAGCUACCGAGGGCUUCUUUAAGAAGCACAAUUAUUUUGGACUGAAAGAAGAAAACGUGAUCUUUUUUGAACAAGGUACACUGCCUGCACUGACCAAUGAUGGCAAAGUGUUUCUUGAAUCAAAAUCCAAGCUUUCCGUUGCUCCAGAUGGUAACGGUGGAAUAUAUGCCGCCCUUCGAAAUGAAAAAAUCCUAGACUCUAUGAGAUCGAGAAACAUUUGCUAUACUCACGCGUAUUGUGUGGAUAAUUGCUUGGUCCGAGUUGCAGAUCCUGUUUUUAUUGGAUACUGCGUUGAAAAAGACGCUGAUUGUGGUGCAAAAGUUGUUCGCAAAUCUUCACCCGAAGAACCUGUCGGUGUCAUUGCUCUUUGUGAUGGUAAAUGCAGCGUGGUAGAAUAUAGUGAAAUUGAUCCUGAGAUCACACAGAAAAGAAAACCUAAUGGUCAACUUUUGUUCGGUGCUGCGAAUAUUGCCAAUCACUUUUACACUGUGGACUUUCUCGAACGUGUAAAAUCUUUUGAGGGUGACCUAGAAUAUCAUAUUGCAAGGAAGAAGAUCAAACACAUUGACAUUAGCAACGGAGAAUUCAUCUCUCCCUCUAAACCAAAUGGCAUGAAACUCGAACUUUUUGUUUUUGAUGUUUUCCCCUAUGCUAAACGCAUGGCAGUCCUCGAGGCUGAUAGAAAGGAUGAAUUUUCGCCUCUCAAGAACGCGCCAGGCACAGGUGCCGAUGAUCCAGACACCAGUCGAAGAGACAUAAUUGCACAACACGUGAGGUUCGUUGAACACGCCAAUGGAAAAGUUGUGUCAGAUGAAACUUCUGGUGCACUCAAUUUUGAGAUCUCUCCCUUGGUAUCUUAUUCUGGUGAGGGAUUAGAAAGACUGAAUGGAAAGACAAUUAAAACUCCCGCCAUUAUUAACACUGCGGAGGAUCUGGGUAAAUUUUGA